CAAUAGUACAAUGAUUAAGUUUUGCGCAGCUCUAGUAGUGGUCCUAGUUGGUGUUCUUGCGGAACAACCCAGAGGAAAUUCAAAGUUUCAAAAAGUUGCACAAGCUCCUUAUAGAGAAUCAGGAUGGACCCCUUCAGGAGAAGUAUUCACACUUCCUCAACAGACUGAUCAACCUCCAGUACAAUAUGGACCACCAAAGGAAGAAUAUGGCCCACCUCAAGAGCCUCAACAAGAAUACGGCCCGCCUGCUACAGAAUCUGUUUCUUCUACUACCACCACUGAAAAUAUUAAUGAGGUGGAAACAGUAACUCCUUUGAUAAAUGAAAGGAACGGUAGGCUUACUUCAAACAAUGAACAAGGAACUUACUACAUCUACCAUCCAAGUGGAGUUCUACAAAGAGUUGUUUACAAUACCAAGGACAAUACAGGCAAAAUGGAGUUUUCUGCCAAGUUGAAGUACGAAGUUGUUGAACCUAUACGCGGUCCCAUUUACACAUACGAUAACGAUAACCUUGUACUCAGAAGACUGUAGAUCUUGCCUUAAUAUAGAUAAAUAAAUAUUUU